UGAGAGCCACUGGCUGAAAGGAACUGGUCGGGGUACGCUCACCUGGCUUGUCCUUCUGAUUCCGGAGAGCUGGGGAGCUGAUCCAACCGCCUCUGCCUCUGGACUCCAAGUGAAAGUCUUCCCUGUGGACGCAGAGUGUCUGUCCUCACCGCUUGGAUUCCUACAGCCCUUUGGGUCGGACCCGCACCGGCUUCCAGGUCGUAGACCCCAGCGGACGGCGAGCCAUGGCCUCCAUGGGGCUGCAGGUGAUGGGCAUCGCGCUGGCCGUGCUGGGCUGGCUGGGCGCCAUCCUGAGCUGCGCGCUGCCCAUGUGGCGCGUGACGGCCUUCAUCGGCAGCAACAUCGUCACGUCGCAGACCAUCUGGGAGGGCCUGUGGAUGAACUGCGUGGUGCAGAGCACCGGCCAGAUGCAGUGCAAGGUGUACGACUCGCUGCUGGCGCUGCCGCAGGACCUGCAGGCGGCCCGCGCCCUCAUGGUCGUCAGCAUCAUCCUGGCCGCGCUGGGCGUGCUGCUGUCCGUGGUGGGUGGCAAGUGCACUAACUGCGUGGAGGAUGAGAGCGCCAAGGCCAAGACCAUGAUCGUGGCAGGCGUGGUGUUCCUGCUGGCCGGCCUGCUGGUCAUGGUGCCGGCGUCCUGGACGGCCAACAAUAUCAUCCGGGACUUCUACAACCCGCUGGUGGUCUCCGGCCAGAAGCGGGAGAUGGGCGCCUCUCUCUACGUGGGCUGGGCCGCCUCGGGCUUGCUGCUGCUCGGCGGGGCCCUCCUCUGCUGCAACUGCCCUCCCCGCACGGACAAGCCCUACUCGGCCAAGUACUCGGCCGCAGCCCGCUCCGCCCCAGCCAGCAACUACGUGUAAGGUGCUGCCACUCGCCACUGCGCUCUGUCCCGCCGGCUUCGUUUCUCCCCGGACUGAAGGUGCAGCCCUCGAGCCCAGGAUGGCCCUGCGUUGGCCACAGGCUGCCCGGGGCUGGGCGAGCAGGAACUGAGCCGGGCCCCAUCUAGUCCCCUUGGACGUCUACCCGAGGCCCCCUCUACGCCAGCAAGAGACUCCUGUGCCACCGUCCACCCGUGGAUACGGAAAGGGGACAGAAGUGACAGGGUGUGGCUGGGGAGGAGGAGCUGGUUCCUGCUGGUCAGGACGGCUCAGCCCUGAAUUGGCUCAGGCUCUGCCUCCCCAUGGGGCCCUGCUCACUCCUGUGUUGGCCAGGAGGAUGGCUGGGGCCUCACUUACCCACCUGACCAUGGAGCCAGAGUUGACACAGAGUUGACAGACGGGUUUAGAGGGGAGGGGUGAAGGUGCCACAAACUGGUUUGGGUAGUGGUGGGGAGGAGGCCAGGGAGGCUGCCCAGACCGCCCACACCCCUUCCUGCCCCCACCCUGCAGCCUCAGGGCUCUGCCUCAGCGCAGGACCCCCAGGCCUUUUGUGACUGGGCGACAUCUGGAUUCUGCCACCCCUGCCAAGGUCACGGGGACCCGCUGUGGAGGGGAGGGGGGAUGGUCUUUCUCGGGCCUUCACUCCCAGGAAGUCCUGGGCCUCUUUGCUGCCUCCUCUGUAGUUGGUUUUGUAACUUAUGUAGAUCUGUUUGUCAUGGUAAUUACCAUUAUUUUCUACAAUAAAUGGGACCUGUGCACAGGAA